AUGUUUGGCAUCAUCGCAGACCUGCUGGCGGCCGUCGCCACGGUUCUCUUCCCGAUCUUCGCAUCGUACAAGGCCCUCCAGACCCGUGAUGUGACCAACCUAGCUCCCUGGCUGAUGUACUGGGUCGUCUACUCGGCCAUCACCCUCGUCGAGUCAUGGACGUUCUUCAUAAUAUCUUGGUUCCCGUUCUAUAGCUGGAUACGUCUAUUUGCACUCUCCUACCUUGUCCUUCCGCAAACACAGGGCGCAAAGAAGCUCUAUCUCGAACACGUCGAGCCCUUCCUUCGCCAUCAUGAGCGUGAGAUCGAGGAGCUUAUCGGCCAGGCCCAUUCCCGCGGCAGUGCGAUGGGACUGCAGUACCUGAAGAAACUCAUCGAUCUGGUCAGGACAAAGGCGAUGGGUUUACCGCCUCUCUGGGAGGGGCAGGCACAGGGACACGCGGACACUACUAACGUUGCGGCGCCGUCCUAUGCGCAGACUCUGUUUUCGCGGUUCAAUUUGCCCGCUGUGGGUGCUGGGGCGGCUCCCGGCGCUGGUGGUGCCUCAGGUGGUUACGGAGCACCGGAUUUCGUCAGUAUGAUAGGCAGUGUGCUGGGAGGAGCAGGAGGGGCAGCAAAGAGCCCUGACGCCCAGGCGGCGGAGCUAAGUGCGUCCGGCCGUCUGCUACCUCGCCAUGUCGCUUCUGCCCCGCGGUCAGAGCAGGCAGCAUACAUCGCUUCCCAGCGAGACCAUCUGAGGGUUCUCCUGUCGGCGUAUGAUCGGGAAUUUGGAAGCCUUAGCUCUGGCGCUGGCGGUCCUGAUGAAUCCGUCGGAGGCUUCGAGAGCAGCGGCCUCCGCAAGAACAGAAGUGACAACUCGUUUGAGAACAUCGAGCAUGAGGACCUAGGUGCCUCGUCGGCCUUUGAUACACAUCGGUACGCCGACUAUCGAAGGCCGAGGAUGGGUGAUUUCGAGUGA